AAGGAUAUGAUGUUCAUUGAGUAUCAUGUUACAAGCACUGUUCUGUCCGCCUUGCGUUACCACAUAAAGACGUUAUCUAAACCCCUAUUUUUAGCAACCACCGGUGACUGAUUUUGUAAUAAAUAGAGGAGCACCGAGCUAGUUUGACAACGCACUUAAACUUGUAGAGCUGCUUGAGCAUCUAUCAGAAGAUAUAACACUCUUGCCUAAAGAGACACUCUUGCAGAGCUGAACCAAGAAGGACUUCAAGACAUUCACUGCUACAUUUAUUACUGUUUAUUGAACAUCAUUAUGAAUAGUUCCAGUAUUACUCUUACUCUACUAGCGAUUGCACUAUUAUUCAUCAUUAGAGGAGCUGUGAGUGCUGUUUCGAGUUCUACUCAAAGCGGUUGUUACAACUCUCAAGUCACCCUUACCUGCCCACAUUACACGCAGAACCGAGCAGGAAACUUGAAGUGGCGAUUUUACAACAAAGCAACAAGCAAAUGGUCCCUAGUAGCCAGCAUUACUGGAAUUGGCAACAUGCGGGUGAACUCCGCUAAUACUCCACUAGAUGGACGACUAACUAUCCAUCCUAGUGGAUCACUAGAGAUCGCCACACUGAAGCCUGAUGACGAGACAGAAUUCAUGUGUAUAGUGACACAAGGACCAAGGAAAUUGCACCGUGUAUUCCUUAAUGUAACAUGUGGCAACACCACGCUUAUUACUCGCCAGAUCUGUUUAGAAGAAGAUGUGGUUCUCGACUGUGACGCAAAGCACAGAACCAACCCAAGAAAGCUGGACGAAGUCAAAUGGCACAAGAAGAACACCUCGGGGAACGAUGUGUCCUGGUCGUUACUCGUAGCUUCCAGGGGUUCUAAUCCAGUGGUUGCCAAUGGAUUGCAAUUCCAUGGCAACGGGUCUUUGGUACUGAAAGGGGGAAGAGCUGAAGGCGUUCUUCGUUACAAAUGUGACGUCACCAAAAAUGUUGCAAGUCAAUUGGACAGGCACAUUAUUGUGUUAAAAAACAUCAAGUGCCAGCAACCAGUUACCCCCAAGACAAGAAAAGGUCGCUCUAUCUCAUCGCUAUUCUCCCUCUGAAGAGCAAAUAUAAAUUCUUACGUUACAUGUACAUAAACAAAGGAAUAGGUACCGUUUUCCUUAUUGAAAACGCGCCAAAUUUAUACAAGUUAUUAACAUGAUCCACACGACAGAAGUUUUUGUUCGCUAGGGAAUUUAUAGUAAAAGUAAAAGCAGAACAGAAAAAAGGUAUUCGUAUAGGUUAGGUAGUAUUUUGAAAUUUAUAUUUUUGCUAUGCAAAGAUAUUGUAGGCAUUAUAUUUUGCCCAUGCGCAGUUGUAUACAUAUGGAUGUUAUUUAAAAUGUUAGCAUUCCAAGAGCUAUUAGCCAAUUGUCAGUUAUUUAUAUUAGCUAUACACCAAGAGAAAAUGAACUAAGAGAAGGAAUCCCCGUGUUCCAUCAUGUGCAUUUUUAGAAUCAUUGAUGCUAUUUUUAACUCGUUACCAUGCCCGCGCGAUAAUCAUGCUUCCCUUUAAUGCCUCGUUUUAGGACACGGAAAGCGUCAUAUUUCGCUACGGUCACAACAAAAACACAGGCUUUGCUUACUGCAAGACUGGAAGCCGCCUACCCUCAAGAAAUCAACCAAUCAGGUUCUUCGCUCAAAAUAUCUCCAAGCUAAAAAUAGCAUCAAACUGUGCACAUGAUGGUUACAAGGCUAUAAUAGGUAGGAUUCCUUCUCUUAGUUCAUAUUCUCUUGCUAUACACUUAAUAUGAAUGUGGCUAUAAAUAAUUCUGCUUCAAUUAGAUAUUUAUAAAAGUCUAUAAAAUGUUCUCAAAUCGAAAAUACUUUAAUGAUAAAAUACAUAAAGUAUCUUAAAAUAUUAUUAGGAAUUUUACAAUUAUAAUAU